CUCUGAUUGGUGGAUCCGCCUGCCGCCGGGCUAGGCUGCGCGCCGGAUAUAUGCAGCCGGCGGCAGAGCACGCCGCUGCGUGAGGUGCUUCUCGUCCGCCGGGGCAGGCCUGUGGUGAAGCGGCGCCUCCCGCUCCCGUCCCGCUCCGCCCGCAGCUUUCAGUUGACCAAAGAAAUGGUGAUGGAGAAGCCAAGUCCCCUGCUGGUCGGGCGGGAAUUUGUGAGGCAGUACUAUACUCUGCUGAACCAGGCACCUGACUAUUUGCACAGGUUUUAUGGAAAGAACUCUUCCUAUGUCCAUGGUGGCUUGGAUUCUAAUGGAAAACCAGCUGAUGCAGUCUAUGGGCAAUCUGAUAUCCACAAGAAGGUGCUGUCAUUAAACUUCAAGGACUGCCACACAAAGAUCCGUCAUGUGGAUGCCCAUGCUACCCUCAAUGAUGGUGUUGUAGUCCAGGUGAUGGGAGAGCUCUCCAAUAACAUGCAGCCAGUGCGCAGAUUCAUGCAGACGUUUGUACUUGCACCUGAGGGUUCUGUUGCAAACAAGUUUUAUGUCCACAAUGAUAUCUUCCGCUACCAAGAUGAGGUUUUUGGUGACUCUGACACUGAACCUCCGGAGGAAUCAGAGGAAGAAGGGGAGGAACCUGAGGAAAGACAGCAGACACCUGAGGCUGUUCCUGAUGAUACUGGUGCUUAUUAUGAGCAAGCUGUCAGCAAUGACAUUGAGGAACACCUGGAAGAGACAGCUGCUGAGCCAGAGCCAGAACCUGAACAGGAACCUGAACAGGAACCUGAGCCGGAGGUGCAGGAAGAAAAAUCUGAACCGGUGUUGGAGGAGUCAGCUCCAGAAGAAACUGCAGAAAAGAGUCCUUCUCCAGCUCCUGCUGAUCCAGCCCCUGCAGUACAAGAAGACUCCAGGACAUUUUCCUGGGCAUCAGUAACCAGUAAGAACCUCCCUCCCAGUGGAGCUGUUCCAGUAUCAGGAAUACCACCUCAUGUUGUGAAAGUACCGGUCUCACAGCCCCGUCCUGAGGCAAAACCUGAAUCUCAGACCCCACCACAGAGACCUCAGAGGGAUCAGAGAGUGAGGGAGCAGCGAACAAACAUCCCACCACAGAGGGGUCCUAGACCAAUUCGUGAGGGCGAACAAGGUGAUGUGGAAACUAGACGGAUUGUGAGGUACCCAGACAGUCACCAGCUAUUUGUCGGGAAUCUUCCUCAUGAUGUGGAUAAAAGUGAGCUAAAAGAGUUUUUCCAAAAACUUGGCUCUUCUCUUGCAGGCUAUGGCAAUGUGGUUGAACUGCGCAUCAACAGUGGUGGGAAGCUCCCUAACUUUGGGUUUGUGGUGUUUGAUGAUCCUGAACCAGUUCAGAAGAUCCUUAGCAACAGGCCUAUCAUGUUCAGGGGAGAGGUGCGCUUGAAUGUGGAGGAGAAGAAAACACGAGCUGCCAGGGAGGGUGACCGCAGAGAUAACAGACCACGUGGACCUGGAGGCACUCGUGGGGGGCUGGGAGGUGGGAUUCGAGGGCCUCCACGUGGAGGGAUGUCCCAGAAGCCAGGAUUUGGAGCUGGAAGGGGGAUCGGGCAACGCCAGUGAAUGCAUCGUGGAUGUUGACGUGGUGGCGCAAACCCUUUUUUCCUGCAGAUUUGUGAAUUUCAGCCUUGGGUAUCUUGGAAUGUGGCCCUAGCCUGUUAUAGACUGCUACGUUUGAUACUAUUUUGGCCCCUUUUUGUUUGUGUUAUGGUUUUGUGAUUAUUUUUUUCUAGUCCUUGUCCCAGAUUCCAGCUUUGUGGAACAACGUUUUAGGAAAAGUGGAUUUUAAAACGAAAAGAACUGAAUUUCCUUGCUCACCUCAAACUUACGGACUGGAUUUUUUUUGGUACCAGUGGUCUUUCCUAGAAGAAUGUCUUUUUGUUUUUACUUUUUUCUCCCCUUCUACUGAAUUUGGGUGCAUUUCAGUCAGUGGAAUAAUAUUUCACGUGCAUGCGUUCAAGAGCCUGUAGGAAAACAUAGUACUUGGCAAGUAUUUCAAGGGCAGGAAAGCAAAACUAUUGAUUUAUCCCUUGAGGGUCGUAUGAACAUCCUCUGAUCUGGAGAUAUUGCCACUCGAAAAAUUGACAUUCACCUUUCUCUUUGUGGCGCUGUAAAAGUGGAAUAAUGGGUAUCCGUAGAAUCUUUUUUCUUUUGAUACGUGAUCACGGAAAAGAAUUCUAACUGCUGUUUUACCACUUUAAAAUUUUGGAUUGUGGGAUAGGUUUUAAAUGUCUAGAACUUGACUCUUAAAACACUUUUCCUGAACUUGUGAAAUUUUUUUAUUGAAAUAGGGAGGUUUUUUCAUGUUUAGUUUGUAUUUGUAUAAAAAAGCAAAAUUGUUGUGCCUUCUAUUUAUCUCUCAUUCCAGUCUUGGCAAAUUGUUUAAAAAAAUAAUAAAAAUAAAAAAGGUCUAGAUUUGCUUUAUCAAGUCAAGAGUAUGUUGGAGUUCUUCCAAGGUGAAGAUGUUCUUCAUUCUGUCACUAAGUCUGUUAGGUAGAGGUGGUUAGAGCUGAAGCUUUUUAAUACUGUCUCUUUAUCAGUUUGGCAUUUGAGUAAUCAAAACUGAGUAGUUCUUGGAUGCAGAGCUUAAUUUCAGCUUUAACGCUGGGCAGGUUCUGUUACAAAUUUUGGGGAAAUACUUCUGUCACAUUCUUCCUCUACAACAAGUGAGUUUUGCAGUUGAGGCAUUAAUUUAAUCUCCUGCUUCUGCCAAACCUGAAAUAGAUGGACUUUUUGUCAGAAACAAAGAAGGUGCCAGUCUGUCCUGGAAUUAACAGGAAUGCUCUCCUCUACUUCUUAAAGAAGCUGAAUAAAUGGAUUCUGGUUGGAGAGAUACUGUAAGAUUUUACUGCACAGAACAGUGUAUUUUUGUAGCAUGUAAACAUCUGGAUGAAAAUGCAGUAUUGAGUCUACACCAGAUUUUCAGAGCUCUUGAUACUGAACAGUUCUUGUCUAUUAAGCUUUUUCUGUGCUAAGGUUAAUUUUAUCCGUAUUUUCUCAAUUUAUUAACCUCCGUGCAUAUGCAAUAAAGAUUUCUUGGCUUUUGUUUGUUCAAACAAAACUCUUUGUAGAACAAAACUGCCCUGCUCUAAAGGGCGGGUGGGUACUACCUGCUCCAGGGCAGUAACUUGCUGCCACUUAGGAAGUAAGAAACUUAAUGGUUAAGCCUGGUUGUAUUAAAUCUCAGGGGUUUUGUUCUAUUUUGGGUUUAUUUUCAGUGUUGCAUUGCUUCCCUUCUUAUGAAUGUUUCUCAGAUAUUUUGGUAAAGUGGAAGAGAACGAAGUGUGACAGCAGAUAGCUGUGGUGUGUGCUCUCACAGCCAGAAGUACUGGAAAUGCAUACUGCUUCCUCUUGUGGUGGUAACUGGUAUUUAAAAAAAAACUCUGCAUUUUUCCACAUCGGGAAUGAUCAUCAAGUGAAGGUGUGCAACAGAAGUGUUUCACUGAACUGCCCUUGUUUGUUAUCCUUCUCAUGUGUUGUGUUUCUGAUGUUCUUGAUGUUGAAUCUGAGAUUGCAGUAACAGGUUGCACUUCGGACUAUGAAAGUGCUAUUAAUAAAAACUUCUUUAGCUUAAAA